AUGGAUUUGGAACCAACUUAUCGGCUAGCUAAUCUGAGCAUCCACUACGACUCAUUGGGAAGAAGAAAUGAGCUUGUAUGGGGAAAUCGCAGUACUCAAGUGACCUACGAUCGACAGAAUCGCAUAGUUGAACGAGCGGUGAAGGGCGGAGUCACCACUAAAUACAUCUACAGUAAGGAGUUGCGUCAUCCGAGUACGGUAGAACUGCCAGGAGGACUGAAGUACUCACUAAAGUACGAUGCUAGUGGACGUCUACGGGAGCUGACCACACCUGCAGCUGAAACACAUCAUUUUUCUGCAACGCCAUUUGGCAGUGGAUUAGUAGUAAAAAGAAGAGUCCCUUUCACAAAGAAGCCGUUCGUAGCAGCCGAAGGCAGCGAUGGCCAACUGCUAGAGUGGGUAACAGCGGAUGAACAACAUCACAUUCUACGAGAGCAUGAUCAAUACGGACGAAUUGUUAAGGAAGUUUGUGAUGGAAUUCCCACCACAUACCUCUAUCAUGCCGAUCAUGUCGUCUCAGUAACGUCACCACAUCAUCUGGUAAAUCUCACCUGGCAGGGACCACUUGUUGUAUCAAUUAGUGAACGUAGAUCAUCAAGAAAAAGGUGAGU